GGGCACCUCUGGGGACUGGGGAGUCCUUAAGCCCAGCUCAGAAGAUGGGAGGGGGGGGCAUGGGGUGGAAAGGAUGGGGGAUGCUGGUGGCAGCGGUGACAUCCCAGCAUCUGGGGGGACAUGUGGAGCGGGGUCCCCUAUAACGGUGCCUUCCCCCCCCUCUCUGCAGCUCACCAUGGCCGACCAGAGCAACAUCCAGUCGGCGGCCUCCAAGAGCAUCCGCCCCUUCCGCUCGAGCGAGGAAUACCUGGAGGCCAUGAAGGAGGACCUGGCCGAGUGGUUCAACGCGCUCUACGACCUGGACAUGGCGGCCGACACCUUCCUGGAGGCGCUGGCCACAGGCUGCGACCUCUGCCAGCACGCCAACAACGUCAACCGUGUGGCCUUGGAGUUCCAACAACGGCACCCCGAGGCGGCCACCCGCAUCCCCCGCAACGAGGUCAUCUUCCAGGCCAGGAACGUGGCGCCCGGCUCCUUCGUCGCCAGAGACAACGUCUCCAACUUCAUCCGCUGGUGCCGGCAGGAUCUGGGCAUUCAGGACGUCCUCAUGUUCGAGACCAACGACUUGGUGCUGAAGAAGAAUGAGAAAAACGUGAUCCUCUGCCUGCUGGAGGUGGCCAGGAGGGGCUCUAAAUUUGGCAUGUUGGCCCCCAUGCUGAUCCAGAUGGAGGAGGAAAUCGAGGAGGAGCUGCGGGACCAAACGUGUGGGGUGCUGGGAGCAUCCCAGGGCAGCCAGGCCCUGCGCCCCGAGUCGCCCGCGUACCAUGGGCAGGCACAGCGCGUCUCCCUGUGCGACCUGAGGAACCUGGAUGAGCUGGUGCGGGAGAUCCUGGGCUGCUGUACGUGCCCAUCCCAGUUCCCCAUGGUCAAAAUCUCAGAGGGUAAAUACAAAGUGGGAGACUCCAACGCGCUGAUCUUUGUUCGAGUGCUGAGGAGCCACGUCAUGGUGCGUGUUGGUGGUGGCUGGGACACACUGGAACAUUACCUGGACAAGCACGACCCAUGCCGCUGCUCCUCCCUGUCUCACCGCCUGCCCCCCGCCCGCACCCUGGCCUUCUCCCCACCAAAACCCGCCGUCAGCAGUGCCAGCCCCGCACCCCACGCCCCCAGCCCCAGCACCCCACGCCGUGCUGACAUGACCAGCCUUGGGGACAAGCGGCCGCCAGGCUGGGGGGACGUUGGCUACAGCAGGACGGAGCGGGGCAGCACCCCAAAGCCUGCGCCUGGAGCCGUCCUGCCUCCCCGGGCCCCUGCCAGCCCGUCCAGGAGCCCCGCCAGCGCACUCAGGCCCCGUGACUCCCCCCGCACCCGCCGUCAUUCCGGGGACAGUGACUCCUCAUCAGCCUCAUCGGUGGGACCCCCGCGGGGUCACCGCCCUCCGCCCGCUGUCUGCUCCUCUCCCCGCCGCCCACCGCCGGGACGCAGCCGCUCCGGUGACCGCAGCCCCCUCCCCCUGCGCACCGCCGUCGCUCCGGGCGGUGGGGAGGAGCGCGGCCGGCCGCGUGUCCCGAACGGGCCGGGGCUGCCCCGUGCCCGCAGUCAGGGCCGGCCCGGUGCUGACGCCGUGCUGCUGAUCCGACGCGGACGCGACGGGCAGCACUCGUGGACGCGCGCUGACGGCGCGCCCCGCCCCGCAAUGCGGCCCUCCGGUCCUCGGCGCUCCUCGCUGCCCGGGGACGGGGGUGAGGACGGGGAUGGAGAUGCCUUCCAGGAGGAGCUGGAAGAGCUGGCGCGGAGGCUGCGGGCGCCGCUGUGUCUGGAACCCGGGCAGGAACAGCAGCUGCUGGGACGGCUGGAGGAAGAGUUUUUGGCCAACACGCGGCUGAUGGAGCUGGGGGACGGUGAGCCCUCGCCCCCCGCCCGCCCCACGCACGGGACGUUGGAGCCCGGCAGCGGGGCGGCCGCCGACUCAGCCUACUGCUCCUCCUCGUCUUCUUCAUCCUCCCUCAACGUGCUCGGCAACAAGCAUGGCUGUCUGCCCGAGGACGGCCGUCGCAACGGGGGUCCCCCGCCCGCCCCCCACCCGCAGGAGCGCUGCGGCCGCCCCUCCAGCUCUUCGGAUGAGAGCAGCUGCGUGCCGGCCUCCGGCGCCGAGUCCGACCCCGAGUGGGCGCCAGCAGUGGAAGAUGAGGGGAUGGAGACCGUGGUGGUGCCGGGGAUCCCCGCAUCCCCCGCCCUGCGGCCCCGUGCCCGGCCUCGGCUGGACGCGCAGCCCGGCAGGAAGCCCACCCGCAUCCCUGCACCCCGGCCCCCCGCCGGCCCCCAGCCCUGGAGGGCACUGCACAGCGUCCUGGCCUCGCUGCUGGAGCCCGGGAGGGCACCGCGGGAGGAUGAGGGGCUGCAGGAGGACUCCUGGCCGUGAGAAGGACAAGAUGGUGGCUGCGGCCCCCGGAUGCUGGGAUGUGUGGGCACUGGGGCACCGUGGGAAUGGAUGCUGUCGCGGCGGGGCUGGUGGGGGCAGACGUACCUCGGUGUGAUCGCAGUGCUGACAGGAGCUGUGUCACGGCAUUGGGAACAGGUCUGGGAGCAGCCAGCUCUGCUCAGCUCCUCUGCUCUUCAACCUUCCUUCUCCGUCCUGCUCCCCUCGCCUUCCAUUCCUCUUCCCCAUCUCCACACCCGAGGACGUGCAGCUCGUCACCAUGACCUGUACCCAGGGGAUGUCCCCUCUUCCCCUGCAGCAUCUCCCCCAGCACAGGCUGCCCUGCAGCCCCUGGAGCCAGUAAAGCCCAAGGAGCUGAGCCCACCUGCUGUUGUCCGUCCACGGAGGUCUGUCCAUAGAGCUGCAGGUGCUGGGGAUGGGGCUGCACCCUCCGGCUUCCUGUGAAGCAUCCCUGGCAGAGUGAUGCCCACAGUUCAGGGCUGCCUGGGAGCACUUCCCCCUUGUCCUUUCCUGGGUCCUUCCCAGCACAGUGGUGUCAGGGGGAGGUUCUUCACAGAGAGUGGUGAGGUGCUGGAACAGACUGUCCAAAGAGGCUGGAGAUGCUCCAUCCCUGGAGGUGUU